AUGUUUUCCUUAGGUUUUACAAUGGAACGAGCAUGGUUGCUGCUCCUGCUGACUGCAAAGUUUCUCACAGUGACCGCGCAGUUCAAUGGAUACAACUGUGAUGCCAACCUCCACAGCAGGUUUCCUGCGGAACGAGAUAUCAGUGUCUACUGUGGAGUACAGGCUAUUACUAUGAAGAUUAAUUUUUGCACUGUCCUUUUUUCUGGUUAUUCUGAAACGGAUCUGGCAUUAAAUGGGAAACACGGGGACUCCCACUGUAGGGGAUUUAUAAACAACAACACAUUUCCAGCGGUGGUCAUUUUCAUAAUCAAUCUCAGCACUUUGGAGGCCUGUGGGAAUGCUUUAAUGGUAACCUCAGUUCCAGGAAUUAAUGCUUAUGGCAAUGUAUCAACAGUCCAGAUAGGCAAUGUUUCGGGAUACAUAGACACCCCAGAUCCACCCACAAUCAUCAGCUAUUUACCAGGACUUCUGUAUAAAUUUAGUUGCAGCUAUCCCUUGGAAUAUCUGGUCAAUAAUACACAACUUGCUUCAUCAUCAGCUGCUAUAUCUGUAAGAGAGAACAAUGGCACAUUUAUCAGCACUUUGAAUUUGCUCCUCUACAAUGACUCCACCUACAGAGAGCAGCUGAUUAUCCCCAGUACAGGGUUACCGUUGAAAACAAAAGUUUUUGCAGCUGUUAGAGCAACAAACCUCGAUGGCAGAUGGAAUGUUUUGAUGGACUACUGCUAUACUACUCCAUCUGGAAAUCCAAAUGAUGAUCUGCGAUAUGAUCUCUUCUUUAGCUGCGACAAGGACCCUCAGACAACUAUCAUUGAAAAUGGCAGGAGUCAAAUGGGCCGGUUUUCUUUCGAGGUGUUCCGCUUCGUGAAGCACAAGAACCAGAAAAUGUCCACAGUUUUUCUCCAUUGUGUGACAAAGCUGUGCAGAGCUGAUGAUUGCCCCUUUCUUGCUCCUAUCUGCAGUAACAGGAAAAAAAGAGAUGCAGUAAAGAGAACCACUUGGAGCCCUCAGAGUACUUCUGGAAGUGCUGUAAUCUCUGCUGGCCCCAUCAUUACUAGAACUGAUGAGACCCCAACUAAUAAUUCACAGCUUGGUAGUCCAAAUGGAUCUGCUUUCCAGCUGAAUUCAGUCACCAGUGCUUUGAUUUCAGGAGUAGUAAUUUUAGGAAUUAUGAGCACAUUUUUUUUCAUAUUUUCCCUCACCCUCCUCCACAGAAAGUGGUCCAGCAGUAGCCUAGUUUUGAAUGGUGUACGAAACCCAGUUUUCAACUAGAAGGAACAAAUCAUUUGGAUUUUCUCUGUGGGAUUGCCAUGAAAUGUGUUCCCUUUUAAGCGUCACCAAGGCGGCAUUCUGCUGCUUUCAAGUUCCAGCGAUUCUUACUUAUAGCCUUAUAAACGCUAUUGUAUAGAUAAUAAGCAGUAAAGGUAAUGAUUGUUCUUUUUUCCAUUCGUGUAUGCGUGUGACAAAGCUAUUUGACAUUUUGCCAAUGGGAUUAUUGAUAACCCAAACGUUUUUAAACCUCCAAGUGGGAUCGUAAAGUUUAAAAAUUGCUCAAGGCAGAAACCUUUCCCAAAUGCAUUCAAAUUAUACAAACAUGAGCGCUAUGAAACAUGCAUAGUUAAUGAGCUCCUUUGAAAAGGACAACCUUUAUUUUUUCUCUCUUCAGUUUUUCUACAACAUUAUACGUUUUAUGCCAAACUUUUCUGUACAAAAUCUGGCACUUGAAAUAUAGUUUUCAUUACCGACUGGGCUACAAAAAGGAGUUACAAACCAUUUAAAAUAGUAAGUAGUUAAAUUGCUUUGAAAACACGAUCAAGUGCUGCAGUGGGGUGAAUUCUGCUCUGUUUCAGGGUACAAAGAAAUGGCCACAAUGGGCACAUGGUUGACUUGUGUUUAAUUAUAUUUUGCCUAUGCAAAAAUGUUUUAUAUCGCAAAUUUACGACUGAAUUGAAACUGCUAAUUGUUUUGUGGGAUGUUUUUGGCAGUGUUGAAAAGCACCCAACUGAUUUGGUGUUUUGUUCCCUGGAGUUGGGGUUUUCAAUUGCUUUGAAAACGUUCAUCUAUUUAUUUCCAUUACACUCUGUUGCUCUCUCUUUGCAUUGAAUUUGUUUACCUUUAAUGAUGUCAUCUCAUAGCCAACUCCAUCUCAUGGUGGCUACAUCCCAUCAUGAUGUCAUCAUGUUCAUUAGUGGCUACCAUCACCUUUGCAAAUUAUCCAGGAUGCAUUGCCCUCAUUCUGAAUCGAUACUGUUGGCCCUCAGUGACAUCAGCAACAAGCCAGAUCUGAUUGGACUCUAUAGAGUCAUAGCAUCAUCAUGUUCACCACAUGACAACUGAUUGUUGGAAUCACCUAAUCCAAGAGGGAGAAAGUAGCAGUAACAAGAGGAAAAGAAUGAUACUGAAGCAGCAGCAGUGAUUUAGAGAAACAAUGACACUGUGCUGAAAAUACACUUGCAAUGAAAGCAUUGCUCAAUAAAUAUUUCUGUCCCCUGCAUAUUUUUCACAUGGAAAUCUAAAUCGCAGAAUAACCAUUGCAUUUCUAUGCAAACUCAAAUUCUUGUUUCAAAAUCUUGUUUUUGAUUUUUCAUUGUUAAUUAAUUCAGUCCUCGUGUGAAUACUGGAUCAGAAUUCAAUUCUGGUCCACAAAAGAUGUAAACAUCUUUACAAAAGGUGUUUCUAACUCUUAAAAUAAUUUUAAAAAUCAAGCAUAGGAACCCUAAGGAAAUAAACAACUACCUGCCUUUAAAAAUGAUGAUGAGGAUAAUAAUAAUUAAAAGUAUGCUUCAGACUGGAAGGUACCCAGUUAUUCAAUCCUUAAUGGACCUUAUCUAGAUUCAGUAAAUAGUUUGGUUUUUUUUGCUUAAUUCUAAUUCUCUGUCUGGGAUGAAGAGUACCUUCUAUCUAGGACUUCAGUAACCUCUUUUAGGAAUGGAAUAUACAGGAAGGAUUGUCCGGAACUUACCACCGCUAAAGGAAAAGAAAGCAAAUAAUACCCAGUGUCUUCAAAAGUUUUUGAGACUUCGGGGACAGUUCCAUUCUGAUCCUAACUAUGAUUAUAUAAAAGUAAUUUUACAUUUUGUAUGCAUGGAAAACACAAGAGGCUGCAAUCCUAACUGUACUUAGGAAAAAGUACAUUUUGGAUUGCCGUCUCUGCAUGAUCUUUACUGCACAAUUUCUCCGUAUACAAGAUAAUUUUUUACGGUCUGUAGAGGAUUUGUUCCUUAGGAAAAGUGGAACAAAUCCAUAGAGUCUAGAAAACUGUGAACUUUGAAGUCUGUUUAUUGCCUUGGGAAAAUGACCUUAUUUAGCUAGCCUGAAUGACUCAUUAAUGUAUGGCCUCUUUCUUGAAGAUCCCAGGACUCCACAGUGAAUGCAGACAUUCAAAUGGUCUUUCACAGAAGGACUAGUAUAUUUAUGAUAGUGGUGACAGUUUAGGGUAGCCUUCCGCAAUGGGGGACACACACACACAUUCUAUUUUCCUCUUACAACUCCCAUCACCCCUGCCCUGACCAUUGACCAUGCUGGCAUAAAGCAUCUAGAGAACCCAGGCUGGUCUAGGGCUAUUUGUGUCUUCAUUAAGUGGCACCCUACUGCAUCCUUAAAAUUACCACUGAAAAAAGUUGUUCAGGUGGCAAUUGGGCUUCUGCUAGCUCCCCAGUUAGAUCAUCUGUUUCCUUCUACACCUGCUGCAGAAAUCAGAACUCAGGAUAUGAUGCACGUCAGGUGAGAAGGGAACCAGAGAUAAAGACAAAGCUCAUUUGUCUCAUCUCUUGAGUUAGAGGCAGCUGUCAGCAGGGCCAGAUCCAGGUAUGAGUGGUCUCUUGACAAUAGGCAACUUGUGGGCCACUUCCUAUAUUGGUGCCCUUCCAGCUGUGGUAGGUGUCUAUGAGCCGCCAUUUUACAUUUUCCACAAUGCC